UACAAUCUUCCCUACCUUUACUUGAAGCAUUGUCACCAUUAUUAUUAUUAAUAUCAGCAGUUAGCACCACCAAUCAUAAUUCAUAACAUCCUAUGCUAAGUUAUUAAAUUUUUCUGGCAUGAGAUGAGAUGGAUCCCUCAUGCUAUAAUAUUUUCUGCAUAAUUUUGUUGCUCAAUCUUCUAGCAGCUAUAGUUCCAUACAGAUUUGCUGUUUCUUCUUAUGCUAGUGAUGUUCCAAUUAAUGUUACCAAACACUUUUUCUUCCCAAAUUUCAACUUGAACAACAACCCUAGAUUAGUCCAUGAAGUGAAGCUUCUAGGCAGUGCCAAAUUCUCAGAUGAAAAUGGUGCAAUUCAGAUCCCAAUUGAGUCACAAGACACUGACAUAAGGCACCAAGCAGGUAGAGGAAUCUACAACUUCCCAAUUCGCCUUCUAGAUCCGAGAACACAAACUCCGGCGUCUUUCGAAACCACCUUCGCUUUUCAGCUCAACAAUUCAACAUCCUCUGAUGAAUCCUCCAAUGGAGGAAGUGGUUUAACCUUCAUAAUUGUUCCUGAUGAGUUCACAGUUGGAAGAUCUGGUCCAUGGCUUGCAAUGCUCAAUGAUGUUUGUGAGAAUGACUAUAAGGCAGUUGCAGUUGAAUUUGACACAAGGAAGAACCCUGAAUUUCGUGAUCCAAAUGAUAACCAUAUUGGUAUCAAUUUAGGUACCAUAGUAUCUACGAAAACUAUAAAUGCUUCUGAUGCUGGUGUUUCUCUUAAGGAUGGUUCUGUUCAUAGGGCUUGGAUCAAAUAUGAUGGUCAACAAAGGAGGAUGGAUAUUCAUCUCGGCCUCGCCGACCAAUUUGUUUAUCCAUCCAAGCCAAUCUUCUCAGAGUCCAUUAAUCUUACUCCUUAUCUAAAUGAGUACAUGUUUGUAGGGUUCUCAGCUUCCACAGGUAACCAUACUCAAAUCCAUAAUAUACUCUCUUGGAAUUUCACUUCAACUAGCCAAGCUUUCCUCCGGUUACCGUCAUCCGAAACUUGCCAGGGCCAGAUCUUGCUUCAGAAUAGUACUGGAGCUGCAGAAGAAGCUACCACAAAGUCUUCAAAGGACGAACCUUCUAAAAGCUUCUUGAUUUUCGUGACGGCGGUCGCGAUUGUUCUCGUUGUUCUGAUUGGUUUCUACUUUGUCAGCAAGCACAGAAGAAACGCUGCCAAAUCAAAAAGUCCAAUGGAUGUAGAUAUUCACAGGCCAAGGCCUCCAAACAAGCCUCGCCGCUUCACCUUCUCUGAGCUUUCGUCCGCAACUCGGUCUUACAGUGAAAUUGAGUUGCUUGGAAAUGAUUCCAGAGGAGUGUACUACAGAGGGAAGCUUUCUAAUGGUACACAGGUUGCUGUGAAGAGAUUCUCGGAGCAGUUCCUUGGCACACACGGAUCUGAUAAGAAGCGUUUGUUAAAGGAAAUCAAGACAAUCAGCGCGGUUCGCCACCCAAAUUUGCUUCCCCUUAGAGGCUGGUGCCAGGACAAUCAUCAAGUCAUGGUGGUUUAUGACUUUGUCCCCAAUGGCAGCCUAGAUAAAUGGCUAUUUGGGGCCGGCGUUCUUCCGUGGACGCGAAGAUUCAAAGUCAUAAAGGAUGUAGCUGAUGGCUUGAGUUUCCUCCACGGCAAGCAACUAGCCCACAAGAACUUGAAAUGCAGCAGUGUGUUCCUUGAUGUCAGCUUCAGAGCCGUGUUGGGGGACUUUGGAUUCGUCCUAAUGGGGGCCGAAUCAAAACAAUUCGAGGCUCAAGUGUGUCACGGCGCAGACGUGUUUGAAUUCGGAGUCCUUGUGUUGGAAGUAAUAGCAGGAAGGAAAAGGAAUGAGAGUGAUGAAGGGAAGCCUGAGGAGAAGAAUUUGUUGGAUUUUGCUUGGAACUUGCAUGAGAUUGAUGAGAAAGUGAAGAUUGUAGAUAGAAAGAUGGGAUCAUUGAUAAACUUGGAGCAAGCAAUUAGAGUUCUUGAAAUUGGUUUGCUUUGCACUUUGAAUGAGAACAAAGGGAGACCCUCAAUGGAGCAAGUUGUGGAGUUUCUUGGUAACAUGGAGAAGCCUAUUCCUGAGCUUCCAAGAACUCGCCCUGUUGCCUUGUUUCCUUAUAGUAGUGCCAAUACUGGACUUUGCAAUGCUUAUUCUUGUACCUUUUAGUGAAGCAAGAUUGCUGCUGCUGAUGAAAGAUUAUAUAUGUGUGUACAUAUAUUGCGUUUGUUAGUUGGGACAUAACGCAAAUAUAGUUGUAUUCUUUUUGUCUCUACUAUUUAGAAGGACAAAAAAGAUACAAAUUUGUGUCUUAAGAUUUGCUUUUUGUAUUUGUCCAAACAUAUUUUUCUAUCUAUCUAUCUAUCUAUCUAUCUAUAUGUAUUUGUGUCAUUAUUCAAUUACUAAACACAAUUCUUAAUA